AUGUCACUCAAGCACUCAGCAGAGGCGCGGUCCAAGGCCCAAAGGCCCAAAGUCCAAGGCCAGGAUAGCGGCAGCGCGAUUGAGACCACGGACUGGGCGCGGGACGCAGGGAGCAGCAUGGCGAAGCCAAAGGCCACAGGCGACGCUUCGCGAAGGACUGUGACGGGAUCACGAUCCAGAGCGCAAGCUUUUGAACCCCAUGGUGUCGGCAAACCGUCUUGGGAUGUCUUGGGAAUUUCGAAGAACGGUGGGAGAUUCUAUGCCCUUUUCGAGAAGGGCACGUUUGGCAAAGCGUUGCUGUCGAUUUCGGACUCUUGCUUGGCCACGGCCGCUUUGUCAGCAUGCCUGACACUGAGCGCAGGCUGCCCCGGAGCGAAGCAGCGUUCAGCUGCGCGGCCGAGUAGCGGCGCAGAGGAGUGCCGAAGGCGCAGUCAGCCGCCUUUGCCAAAGCGCGAACAAAGUGACGCUCCUGGACCUCUGACCAGGCAGCAGCUCCUCAAGCCUUCUUGGCUGCACGACCGUGGCUUCGGCAUCAGCCGCUCAGCGUUCUCAGGGAGCGUUUUCAGGGAGCACUCCGGCAUGCGCCGGGGCGCCCUCCUAGCAGCGCAGCUCCGGGGCAAGGCCAGCAGCCGCAAGUCCCAGGUGGUCGUCAGCGCCUUUGAGAGCGAGCUCGGCGUUCAGGCGCCCGUGGGCUUCUGGGACCCCGCCGGCCUGAGUGCGGACGGCAGCGUAGAGAACUUCAAGCGCCGACGGGCCACCGAGCUCAAGCACGGGCGCAUUGCGAUGCUGGCAACGAUGGGCUACAUCACCCCAGAGAUCACGGGCAAGUUCCCAGGGUACUUGAGCCCAUCUGCCGGACUGAAGUUCGCCGACGUGCCCAAUGGCCUGGCAGCCAUCUCCAAGGUGCCCCAGGCUGGUUGGGGCCAGAUCCUGCUGUACAUGGCCUACUGCGAGGCCUCCCAGACGCAGGAGCCGGGCACCGCGGCCUAUGCUGGAGACUUCGGCUUCAAGGUUCUCACCUCCAGCGACCCGGCCGAGAAGACCAAGAAGCUGAGCCUGGGUCGGUGGGGACAGAUUCUGGCGUACAUGGCCUUCUGCGAGGUCUCUCAGGAUCAGUCUGCCGGAACUCCGGCCGCAGCCGGUGACUUCGGGUUCAAGUCGCUGCUUUUUUCCUUUUGCUGCACGUCGCAGCGCGUUGUCAAUGUGAAGGUUCCUGCCGCAGGGUGGGGACAGAUUCUGGCGUACAUGGCCUUCUGCGAGGUCUCUCAGGAUCAGUCUGCCGGAACUCCGGCCGCAGCCGGUGACUUCGGGUUCAAGGUUCCUGCCGCAGGGUGGGGACAGAUUCUGGCGUACAUGGCCUUCUGCGAGGUUCCUGCCGCAGGGUGGGGACAGAUUCUGGCGUACAUGGCCUUCUGCGAGGUCUCUCAGGAUCAGUCUGCCGGAACUCCGGCCGCAGCCGGUGACUUCGGGUUCAAGGUUCCUGCCGCAGGGUGGGGACAGAUUCUGGCGUACAUGGCCUUCUGCGAGGUCUCUCAGGAUCAGUCUGCCGGAACUCCGGCCGCAGCCGGUGACUUCGGGUUCAAGGUCUUGACGUCCAGCGACCCCGCUGAGAAGACGAAAAAAUUGAGCACCGCCACCAGCAAGCCCCCUCCUCCCCUUCGAAAUGAUCCCAACGCCUUACCCGGCUUUGCUCUUCGCGAAAGAAAGAUCGAGGCCUUCGUGCAGAGCAGUCCAGCCGGUCAGGCUGCCCCGGAGCGAAGCAGCGUUCAGCUGCGCGGCCGAGUAGCGGCGCAGAGGAGCGCCGAAGGCAGCAGCUCCUCAAGCCUUCUUGGCUGCACGACCGUGGCUUCGGCAUCAGCCCUCCUAGCAGCGCAGCUCCGGGGCAAGGCCAGCAGCCGCAAGUCCCAGGUGGUCGUCAGCGCCUUUGAGAGCGAGCUCGGCGUUCAGGCGCCCGUGGGCUUCUGGGACCCCGCCGGCCUGAGUGCGGACGGCAGCGUAGAGAACUUCAAGCGCCGACGGGCCACCGAGCUCAAGCACGGGCGCAUUGCGAUGCUGGCAACGAUGGGCUACAUCACCCCAGAGAUCACGGGCAAGUUCCCAGGGUACUUAAGCCCAUCUGCCGGACUGAAGUUCGCCGACGUGCCCAAUGGCCUGGCAGCCAUCUCCAAGGUGCCCCAGGCUGGUUGGGGCCAGAUCCUGCUGUACAUGGCCUACUGCGAGGCCUCCCAGACGCAGGAGCCGGGCACCGCGGCCUAUGCCGGAGACUUCGGCUUCAAGGUUCUCACCUCCAGCGACCCGGCCGAGAAGACCAAGAAGCUGAGCCUGGGUCGGGGUGGGCGUGAGAGGAGUGCCGAGUUGGCAAAUGGCCGACUGGCGAUGAUGGCCAUCAUCGGCAUGCUCCGGGGCUGCAGACCAGAGUUCCCCAAAGUUGCCUCCUUCAAAAGAAGCCUGCGUAACAAGUUCGAGGACGCUCUUGCCGACCUUGUUGAACUGCUUGCAUGUUGA